AUACUUAAUCCCACUACUGAACAUUCCAGACAACAAACGACGACACCUGCUGCUUGCUCCUGGCGGCUAUAAAUGGAGGUUCCAUCAUCCCACGCCAUGGAAGCCAAAUCCUGAUAUCAUAUCUCCUCCCCCGCCCACAAAAACACAAGCAUGACUCGCGCCAUGGCUGCCACCGCCGGCAACGGCGACGUGUGGGUGGAGAAGGUGGACAAGAUCAGGUACGUCUACAAACCCGUCACCAGGCCUUCUGUCUCCCCAAACCCGAGGCCGGCGACGGUGACCAAGAAGCUGGCCGCUGCCAACGUCGCCAUCUCCAGGAAGAACAGCGGGACGACCCUGGUCCGCGGCGUGGCCUCGCCGGAGGACAUCGACGACUACAUCGCCAGGAAGAAGAGGGAGUUUGCUCUAGGACUGUAGCUCAAAUCGAUUUCAACCCCACGAUGGCAUGAUCAUGAGCUAGGAUGCUUUAAUUAUUUAGCUAUGAAAGUUGCCUCUCUGCUGCUGCAGCUGUAAUUAUGUAUGGUAUGGAGUUGGGUCAUGCAUCAACUUAAUUAGCGUGUGCAUCAUAAGUUCUCAGCAUAUUUCAUCAGGUCUUGUUCUUUUGUGGCUUGUCUGAAUUAAAUUCUAGAAUGUUCGAAUGGUCA